AUGUCUGAUUGGGAUACUGUUACUGUUAUUGGCCAGAAAGCCCGUGUAGGCGGUGGCGGUCCAAGAGAGCGUGUUGCUCGUACUGCUGGUGAGUUGAAUGCCGCCAGAAGAUCUGGUGCUGUUUUGGGUACCGAGAAGAAAUACGGAACUACCAACACCAAGAGCAACCCUGAGGGUCAGCGGUUGACUAAGUUGGACAACACCGACGACAUCGUCGCAGUCAAGAAGGUGGAUGUCUCUGUUGGCAAAGCUAUCCAGCAGGCCAGACAGGAGAAGAAGUUCACGCAGAAGGAUUUGGCCACUAAGGUGAACGAGAAGCCACAGGUUAUCAACGACUACGAAGCAGGUCGUGCUGUCCCUAACCAGCAGUUGUUAGGUAAGUUGGAGAGAGCAUUGGGUGUGAAGUUGAGAGGAAAGAACAUUGGCGAGCCAUUGUUUGCUAAGAAGAAGUGA